AGUAAAAAGUAAUUUAUAAAUUGGAGCGUGAUACAGCCCUGGAAUCCCCACUACGGAAAUAGUAGCAAGAAACGAUCGCCAUAUCGUGUCUCGUGUUUCGUUAUUUCUUAAAGUUUUUUUAAAUAAAGCAACACUAUUAUAUUACAUAAUAAUUAUAAAACUGUGGACUUGAUGAUUCGAGCCUCAGCAUAAAAAAAUAACAGAGAUAAAUCUCCCCGUGAAAACUUUAAAAAAGGUUAGUUUCUUUUUUUUAUUUAUCAACAAUGGAACGUAAACAAUCUGCUGGGAUUAAAAAAGAGGAGAAUAAUAAAAAACUUGGAGCUGAUAGAAAUGAUCAUCGUGAAACUAUGGCAGAAGCAAGUGAUGAAGAAGCUGUUGAAUUAGCAGAAGAAUCAAUGGCCCCAGUAUUAAAACAGAAAAAAUCAAAAUUAGUAAAAGAAUCAAAGUAUGAAUCAACAAAACUUGAAGACAACGUAGCGCAAGUAUUGCAGCGUUUUAAACGUGGGUGUGAGUGUCAAGAUGAUCAGUGUUUUAAGGGAUUAAAUCCCGAGGCAGUGUAUCGUCAUCGUCUGAAUAUCGCCGAGUUAACAAAAGCUGAGCACGAUAUGUAUUUAAUGGGUGUGACAAUGGCAUGUUUAGCGAACCCAAAUCAAACAGCGCGUCACACCGAGCGUCGCCGAUUACGUGCUCAGUAUGUUUAUCAAGGUCGUCGCGUUUGUCUUGAUGCAUUUCUCUACCUCGAAAAUUGCACGCACUAUCAAAUAAAACGAAUCAGGAAGCAUUUGGUGACCCACGGUGUAACACCUCGCGUGCAUGGUAACCAUGGAAAAAUUCCUCAUAACACAUUUUCACUGGAUAUUUAUCAGAUAGCCACCGAAUUUCUAAAGUCGUUCAUCAAAGAGCAGGAAAUAAAUCAAAAGGCUAUAAAAACGUCAAUUAAAAAUUCAACUGCGAUCCAUUUACCCGCAGAGAUAACUCGGAAAACGGUGCAUGAUUUAUACAAAGAUUACUGCAAAAAAUUGUCACCGACUAUAAAAGUUAUGGGCUACUCAACAUUUCGAAGAUUUAUGAAAGUACAAUUUCCUCACAUUAAAUUUGCAAAACUCGAAUUUGUCAUAAGGCCGCAGCAGAAUCAGUCAUCUGUUGCUGCUGCAAGCAUUAAUGAUAACAGACGAAUGGGAGUGGAGGUGGAGGCUGAAAUCACAGAAACGGAAACCGAACCAGAAGCAACAGAAUCGUUACAUUUUAUCACCGAAAAUGCAGAUAUGAUUCCAAUUGUAAUUGCUACAAACGAUAUUGAACACUAUAAUGAUAACAAUGCAUAUUUUAUAACACCAACUCAUAAAUUACACGGAGAGUUAAGUUAUCAAUUAACCAGUACUGGUUUAUUGGUAAAUAGAUCUGGGCUUCCAAUAACUGUUGCUAAUAUUAAUUCUGUGUAAAAUUUUUUUUUGUCGCAACAUUAAUUCUGGUCAUUAUGAUUCAAUCAUAUGUUUCUCUUUAUUGUAGUUAUAA